UUUAUCGACCGACUAAAAAUGGUGCAGAUCGCCGGAAAAUACCAAUACAUCUCUAACGAGAACUUCGAGGAGUUCGUGAACGCGAUGGGACAGAAGGAAAUGGCGGCGCCGUUCCUGGUCUCCAAGCCGGUCGUCGAGAUCAGCCAAAAUGGCGACCAGUGGACCGUGGUCAUCUCCUCGGACGAGAAAAGCAGCUCGACCACCUUCAAGCUGAACGAACCCUACGAGGAGUGCCUGCCCUCGUUCGACCGCAAAUUCCCGUCCAUCACGACACAAGACAGCGACAAUCUCAGAACAGUAACAACGCUGUCCGACAGUAUCAAGAUCACUCGUCUCUACAAAUUCACAGAAACCGGAAUGAGUGUGCAAAUCUCAGCCUCCACGAUCGAUGUCACGGCAGUACGUACAUACAAGAGGCUCUAAACAGCAAACAAAAUUUAGAUAAACAAAUACAUCGCUCUUUUAUAUGAAUUAAAAAUAAACUUUUUUUUUAUAUCGCUA